ACAUAUACAUACAUGCACGUAUGCGCGUAGAAAAUUUGUUCUCAUAAAAAACACCGCAGCUGCGUGUUGCAUCUCUUCCCUUGUGAAAUACUCUGUGGUUGUCAGUGGGCUCAGUGUUGACCGUUUUUGGUUGUACAGGUGUAGUGUCGAAGUGUGUAUUCAAAGAUUAUUUAGUAUAAAAUAAUUUUGCGUUCACAAAAGGUAUUAGAAAAUGUCGGAAAUUUCGAUGUCAGAAUCACCACAUUUACAACAAAUUGAUCUUACUACUUUGAAUCUUCAACAACUUACAAUUUUGAAACAGCGUCUGGAUCAAGAGCUCGAAGUCUUUCAAGGCUCCUUGCAAACGUUAAAAGUUGCUCAAAGUAAAUUUCAGGAGUCUGGAUCGUGCCUUGAUAAAAUUAAUCCUGCCAUGAACGGCAAUGAAAUUCUUGUACCAUUGACUGGACCAAUGUAUGUUACUGGGAAAUUAGCGGAUACAAAUAAUGUAUUAGAGGACAUUGGAACAGGAUAUUUUGCCGAGAAGAGUGUCGCCGAAGCAAAAGAUUAUUUCGAUAGAAGAGUUGCUUACGUUACAGAACAAAUGGAAAAAAUACAACAACUGGGUCUUGAUAAAUGUAAAGUUAGAGAUGCAACGGCAGAUGUUAUAGAAAUGAAACUUCAAAGUCAAGGGCAGAAAGAAGUUCCGGAGCAUGCAUAAUAUAAUAAAUUUUCUAUGCUAAAGGUGCAAAAUGUGACUUAUUUAUGGUUUAUGCUCGUCGUCAUCAUUAUUAAAUUGUAUCACUUUAUAUUUUGUUAUUAAACUUUGAUAAGUAUAAUUACGCAGCAUGUAAGGAAAGUACAUCUAGAUUUAUAAAAGUAAAUCAUGAUUUAGAAUAUCAUCUGUUUCACAUAGUAUAAAAGAAUAUUAGCUAUUUACACAUUGAUAUAAUAGUUAAUUUUGUACAGCAAGAUAAAUUUUAAUAAAUUAUAAUGAAAUUUUAUUCCAUUCAA